UUUAUCUUUUUUCGUUCUGUUGUCUCCGAAUGACAUGUAAACAAAUUAUCGCUACUUAAAAUGCAAUUUGUAAAUAGAUAGUUUCUUAUCGGAUCUUUAUCCCAUAAAUCCAAGGUUCUCGAAGAAAAAAACCUCUUCGGUAUCCCGUUGCUGGCAGUAUAAAGAUAAAACGUUGUAGGUUUGCCAGUAAUUGGCAAUGUUCAGCAAUAUCGAAAAGUGCAAUAUGGAGCAGACAACGCAAACAAAAAACAGUUCCGAAUCCGAACUUCGGGAAGACGUGUAAGGAAAACUGACGAAUGGCCCAACGAUAACCCAGAGACCUACUGUCGAUUGUGUUUCUCCGAAACCAAUGUUCAUCCGCUCUUCCCACAGAACGGGGGACUGAUACGUGAAAUGACCGAAAAGAUACGGACCUGCGCCGGUAUACAUAUUAGUGUGCGGGACGACUAUCCAGCCGGACUAUGUUUUGCGUGCCUGUCGAUAUUAGAUGAGAUUCAUCAGUUUCAACAACGAAGUAAACAUUGUGACGAAAUCAUUCGUACCAAGCGCGGUCUGCUGGAGCAGAUUACAGUGAAAGUAGAAAUGACGGAAGAAGAUGGUGUACAUUUUAUCCCCCCUGGCGGAGGAAGCUGCACCGGCCUAGGAGCUAGUGAAGACUACGCAAAUGAUGAUUGUCUUACGGAGAGCAGUAUUAUUGCAGAAGCUAUAACUAGUUUGAAUGGAAUUGGAGAGCUAAUGGGAGAAUUUCACAGCAGUACCGACUCGACGUCUACGCCACAUUUGUUGAAAACCGAAUUAGAGGCUACCAGUGGGGGUAAGGAUCACCGUUGCAUGGUCUGUAGCAAACUUUUUCCUGACCGUGAGACUUGGAUGAUCCAUUUAGGCGAACAUGCGGAUGAACGACCAUACCAGUGCAUUGAAUGCUUGGCUCAGUUUCGCGAAAAACGAUCACUUGCAAGGCACAUGAAGGCAGUCCACGAAGAAGUGCGUGAUCGUCAGUGUCCAUACUGCCCUAAGUCAUUUAAAUACAGUCAUCAUCUGCGGUAUCAUAUACGAACGCACACCGGCGAAAAGCCGUAUGUGUGUGAAAUCUGUAACGAUUGCUUCUCACAGCAUAUACAAUGGAAACGACAUAUGUUAAAACAUCAGCAAAUUCGCAAACCUCCACCACCAAUUACUAUUACACCUCGAAAUAUACCAGUAGAGGAACCAAAAACAAUCAAAUGUGAAUUUUGCCCGCGUGUCUUUUCCCGAUUGCAAGACUAUCGACGACAUCAGCCAAGUCACAAUGCACACAACCUUAAUCUAAGCUCUUUGCAGCACCACGCACAACUUCAUCAUUUUCAGCAACAGCAACAGCAUCAUCCACUGCCGCAACAACCAACUUUGCAUCAACAUGACUUAACUCUGCAGCACCAUCAGCAUGCUAACCAUAUACAGCACGACAACGUUUCACAACAGCUAGGUACGCAAUUACCUCUGCGAGAGUAAUCAUAUCUAAGAUAUUCAAUGUUAUCGUGAGAAUGUCAUUUGGUUCACGAAAUGAUGGCAGAUAAGUGAUGGUUGCUAGGUCUCGAUAAAAUUAGACAAAUAAUAUAAUAAAGGUAAUAUAUUUCACAUUUUCAAUGAGGAUAUGCUGAUAAACACCAUUAAUAAAAUAAUAAAAAAAUAGUAUAUAUUUUUUUCAAA